AUGUUCUCCUUCGACGCCGAGCGGCAGCGAAAUUUGGAGAGAUUGCAGAGACUGAAAGAGCACAAACGCAAGUACAGUGUCUCCAGCUACAAGAACAACCUGAAGGAAGCGCAGCAGCUGCGAAAAACCACCAAGGACGCUGAAACACCGACGCGGGCGGUCAAGAAGCAGUGCAAUAAGGCCAGGGACGGACCCAAGGUUCAAGGACGAGAUGAAAAGAAGAAGCAGAAGGAGACCACAGAUCAUGAAGUUACAGUUGCCAUUCCAAUCAAGAGGGAUGACGUCUCUGUCGCCUUGGAUCACACUACCUUUGCCUUUACAACACAGGAACUCUUGGAGAUAAUUAAAACCCCGCUGCCCAUGAGAUCCAAGAUGAUUGCCAAAGAGGAGUCGACCAAGAUUGCUGCUGCUAAAGAGGAGACACUGCCAGUAUGUCACUCGGAAAAUAACUUGGAAAAUGCCCUCAAGUUCGUGUCCAACUCAAAGGAACAACCCCCUUCGAAUCCUGUGGCCGCAAAAGUUCCACUGCCCUUGGCCCACGCGAAAGUCACCCAAGAGCCAGAAGAGGAUGAGGUCGCUCCGAAAGUGGAGGCCAGAGCUGAGACGAAAACCAAACUGGACCUGCUGAAGGAGGGCAUCACCCUCGUUGGCUCUGUGAUGAAGAACUGGGCGAUGGCGGCGCUGCUCGUCGGAACCGGCGUCCUCAUUGCUUUUGUUGAUCAGGAGCAUGUGGACAACCUGUUGUACUCCCUGUCCACGAUCGAGAUCGUCGAGCACUUCUGAAUACGCGAGCACAUGAAGUAUUUAAAUUUAAUAUUGCCACUUAGCACUUCUCAAAUUUUCCAGGUCGAAUUUUGAUUCUUUUCGCAAAUUCAAAUUUUCCAAAAAC